AGUAUAGUGAAUAGUGUUUUAGAAUAGCGAGAUGUCCAUGUCUUCUGAACUAGCGGCGGGUAUUGAAGAUAACGAUCUUCAUUUUGGUGAUCGUACCCUGAGACCAACUGCAAAGAACAAUAAGUCCAACAUUGAAGGAAGUGCUGAAGAGAUCACUACGAUGCAGAGAAUGAUCAGUGCUUCACUGGGAUCGUUUCUCACGUCAUUGGUGGUGACGCCUUUUGACGUGGUUAGAAUCCGUAUACAACAGCAAGAAAUACUACCUUCCGAUAAGGUAUGUUGUAAUGCAAAGGCCAAUAAUGUAUUACCAGAUGGGAAUGGCAGAAACACUCUUGCUAAGAUAUCGGCAUCUAAAGCUUUAGAUAUGGGGGAAGCUGCAAAGUUGAAUAUACCAAGAGUUCCAUCUUCAUCAGCACCAGCAGCUGCAAAUGCCAUUGCAGCCUCGGGCAAUCCACUCCAAGCAUUAGCUGCUGACUCUCCCGAGCUUUUUUGGAUAAAUGGAGGAUACUGUCAAUCAGCGGAGAAUUGUUCUCGUAUCAAUUCGACUUUCCAAGGGUUUGUUAAUAUAAGUAGAAAUGAAGGAUUAGUGACUUUAUGGCGGGGGCUUUCCCUUACUUUAUUCAUGGCCAUUCCUUCAAAUAUCAUUUAUUUCACUGGUUACGAAUACAUCCGUGAUCACUCACCUAUAGCAUAUCAUCCUCUCAAUCCACUAUUAUGUGGUGCUUUUGCAAGAAUAAUGGCGGCCACGUUUGUCUCGCCAAUUGAAUUGAUUAAAACAAGAUUACAAUCAAUUCCUUCUGACUUGAAAGAUGGAUCGAGUAAUUCAAAGAUUUUGAAAACUUUGCUUCAUGAUUCCUAUAAACUUGUUAACCAACGCGGUAUUGGAACUCUUUUCACCGGGUUAAAGAUCACAUUGUGGAGAGACGUUCCAUUCUCGGGAAUAUACUGGUCUUGUUAUGAGUUCAUUAAAGAGAGAUUGAGCUUAGCAUUACAAGUUGAUUUUAAUAAUGAAAAAAUUAAAUCACAAAAUGAAGAUUGGAAAGUUUUUGCAACAAGUUUUUUGUCUGGUUCAACUUCUGGUGCCAUUGCUGCAUUAUUUACUAAUCCUUUCGAUGUAGGUAAAACAAGAUUACAGAUCACCACCCAGGAAGCUCAUUCAAAAGGUGAAAAAUUGAAAAGACCUUCUAUGUUUAGAUUUCUUUACAAGAUUUAUCGAAAUGAAGGUAUUAGUGCUUUAUACUCUGGGUUUGGCCCUCGUUUAAUGAAAAUUGCACCAUCUUGUGCUAUUAUGAUUUCUUCGUAUGAAAUUGGGAAAAAAUUCUUCAAAAAUGGUAACACUGAAGCUAGUCAAUAAAA